ACGGAGACGGUUCACUGAUUGUCGUGCGAGGGGGGAUAAAUAGUCACCUCUAAAUAUGUUGUGGCUUGUGGUUGUCGUGGGUUUGUGGAGCCACGCCGGAGCUCUGGAUAAUGGCUUGGCGAAAAUCCCCACGAUGGGAUGGCUGCACUGGGAGAGGUUCAUGUGUAACAUCAACUGUGACACUGAUCCGGAGAACUGCAUUAGUGAGCGGCUGUUCAUGCAGAUGGCAGAUGUAAUGGUGGAUGAGGGUUGGAGAGACGCCGGCUAUCAGUACGUCUGCAUAGACGACUGCUGGAUGUACUCCAGCCGGGACGCCCGGGGCCGCCUUCAAGCAGACCCCGGUAGAUUCCCUGGGGGUAUCAAGAAGCUGGCUGACUACGUUCACUCCAGGGGCCUGAAGUUGGGUAUCUAUGCAGAUGUUGGCAAAACAACCUGUGCAGGAUACCCAGGGAGUCUGGGUCACUAUGACAUGGAUGCACAGACUUUUGCAGAGUGGGAAGUGGACCUGCUCAAAUUUGACGGUUGCUCCAUGGACUGGACUUUGCUUGGACAAGGCUAUGUGAACAUGUCCAAAGCUCUUAACAGAACAGGAAGACAGAUACUGUACUCUUGUGAGUGGCCCCUGUAUGAAUGGCGUUUCCAAAAGCCCAACUACACCGCCAUUGGAGAGACAUGUAACCAGUGGCGAAACCUUCCAGAUGUUUAUGACUCAUGGAGCAGCAUCAAGUCCAUCUUGGACUGGACUGCGACUCAUCAGGAUGUGGUCGUCCCCUCAGCCGGUCCUGGGGGCUGGAAUGACCCAGAUAUGCUGGUCAUCGGGAACUUUGGUCUGAGUCCAGACCAGGAGGAGUCUCAGAUGGCGCUUUGGGCCAUCAUGGCAGCACCACUCCUUAUGUCCAAUGACCUGAGGGCCAUCUCACCACGCUCCAAGCAGCUGUUGCAGAACCGCCACAUCAUUGGCAUCAGCCAGGAUCCACUGGGGAAACAGGGGUACUGCACCGCCAAGGUGGACCGUUUUGAAGUGUGGGAGAGACCCCUGUCCAACAGCAAGCUAGCCAUAGCUGUACUUAACAGACAAGAGAUUGGAGGUCCACGUACAUUUUCCUUACAAGAAACUCCUGGCUGGAAGAUGUGCAAACCGCAUUGUCAGGUCACCCAGAUCCUGCCCAAGUAUGAGGAGAUGGGUCUUAAGACGGGACACCAGGUCUGUGUAAACCCUUCAGGGACCGCUGUCGUCAUCAUCACCCCAAGCAGCCAAGCAAAGUUUAGAAUUAAUGAGAUGCACUUGUUGGAAAAGGUGGCGGUUCUUUAGACCCCCCCUCCACCAGUAUACACUUACACACCGAGUUACAGGGAUUAUGAAGAUGGUCAAGCACAGUGAAGAUGAAGAGAUAUUGGAAAUUUUAACACAUUUAUUGAAAAUGUUGACAACUUCAUUCAGAAGACUGCGCCACAGCUUAGAACUGGAUGACCUGGCCCUGUUGAAAGAACAAAAGUACUGAUGAGCAGGCAUCACAACACAAGCAAGUAAAAACAGAUGCAGUCACAUGUUUUAAGGAAAAUAUGUGCUAAGUCGGCUGGAAAUAUUUUUCACAGCCUCAAACCACCAAGAGUAUUCAUGUUUGACAUCUGGACACUUGGGGUGUGCUUUAUUUACACUUUUAUUUUUAAAACCUGAAUAAUUCAACUUUCAAUUCCACUUUUCUCUCUCCGCAAACUCAACUCUAUGGUUCUCAAUGGAAAUGUGUCAUUGUGCAAAGAGCAGAUGAUUUUAUACAGACUCAACUUAUCAACGCUGCUAGUUAGUGAGUAAAAACAAUAACGUGGUUAAGUAUCGGAAUAUACAUAAUAUACACACACACAAACCAAUGCAUGUUUUCAGUGCUUUUAGCAGCAUACAUCAUGGCUCCUUCCCUUCCAUACCUACCCUUAAUUGCACAAUAAACACUUAAUGAGUAGAAAUGCAUCACUUGCCUUUCU